AUGGCAUCAUCACUGUUCUCGAUCUACCCUGGUCGCGGCGUCCUUGAGAAAGCACUCUACAGCGACCUGGUGCUGAGAACUUCUAAUGGCUAUGAAAUCAAGGCACACCGAAUAUACGUCAACGUCGCGUCCAAGACUGUCAGAGAGCUCUCUGACGAAGCUCUACGGACCGGUUACCUCCCUGCUGCCUCAGGUAAUCCUCUUUUCGGAAGUGCUGCUGCAGUCGCAAAUUCCUCCCCACGCACGUCAACUCCAGGCAAGAAUUCCAAGUUCACUUCUGGCACCACAGCCUCCAAGGCACCGAGUAUCUUCGACAGCCAACCGCCUCUCUUUAGUACUGCUACAGUCUUCUCAACGCCCGCAAGUAGUGCUGCGUUUGGCACUGCUGCUACAACGUCAAUUCCAUCACCCAAUCCGUCAACUUCAACCAAGCAUACCAAAUUCACUUUCGGCGACGCGAGCUCAAAGACAUCGAGCAUCUUCGACAGCCAACCUUCCAUCUUUGACUCUGCUACAGUUCCUAACCGGCGAGCAAAGCCCGAUUCACCGGCGGUGGACCACGAAGUUGCUGAUGACAAGAUUGCAUCUUGCCCGCCUCCAUACACUCCACUACCGAUGUUCUCUUUCGGUAAAAAAGCAGACACUGCACCCGCUCCUCCCUCACAGACUUCGCUGCCCGCCUUCGUCUUCGGCAAUCAAGCAGACGCUGCGCCCACUCCACCGUCCCAGACUCCGGUACCAACGUUCUCUUUCAGCGAGAAAGCAGACGCCGCACUCACUUCAUCACAAACUCAGCAACCAUUCUUCCUCUUCGGCAACAAAGCAGACGCAGCAUCCAAUUCUCCGUCAAAGACUCAGCAACCGACCUUUUUCUUCGGUCCGAAAGCAGAUGCUGCGCUCACGUCUCCAUUAGCCGGGGCUGCCGUUCAGACGGCUUGCUACAAGGGCAAAGAAUUCAUAGUGAGGGUCAAGGUCCCACCAACUCCUCAGAGCACGCCUCCGAAAGUGGGUCCUGGACCUGUACCUACCGUGGCACGACCUACCGCGCCCGUGUUGGCCACUUCAUCAGACAGCACAAUAGACUGUACAUGUCGUUCGAAGGGGAACCUGGCUGCUACAUCGAUGCGCGACCAAGUAGCGAUAGUCUCGAACUCCGACGGGCCCGUGAGAAAUGCCACAAACAUCUCUAGCCCGAACGACGCGUCGGCUGAUGCUUCUGCGUCCGAUGACGAGACAGUCUACUUCUCGGCGCCUUCUCGGAUGCACACACAGGACAAUGUUUCCAGCAUACAGUCAAGCUCAAGCUUCGAGACCUCGGCUAUCGAGGGAACCAGAUCAACGAAAGCGACGGUGGAAGAUGCCGUCGAGGAUGGCGAUGGUGGGCAGAGUAAAGUCAUUGCGACGUGCUAG